AUGGACAUCCAGAUAUCGGAGCAGUUCGUCCCGCCUCAGUUUAAAAUAUACGACGGGACAACGGACCAGGAGGCCAACAUCAAAACCUUUUCAAACAAAAUGGCGUUCCGGACCGAUAACAACGCCAUUUGGUGCCGAGCUUUCUCAUUAUCACUGGAGGAGGAGGCGCUCCAUACUCAGGACUUGACCAUCUUUGAUUUGGUUACCCUGAAACAAGGGAAGGAAGAAACUUUAAGAGCGUUCAUGGAUCGCUACCAAAAGACCGUCCGAUGGGUGAAGGGAUUAAGCCCAAAACUUGCCUUGCAGUACAUCCUUCCCGCCCUCAAGCUCGGGCCGUUUAAGGACAUCGUCUACCGGCGGGCACCCAAGACUAUGGAAGAACUGCGAGAAAGGGCGACUGAUGAGAUAAGGGUGGAGGAAAUGAAGCUGGUCUAUAAGAAGGAGAAUCAGGAAAACAAAGGAGGAAAAACUAACUGGGGGAAGUCGGGCGGUCAAGUUGGGAAGCCUGGGGGAUUCAAGCAAAGAGAACUGCCUCAGGGGCCACGAUUCCAGCAAUAUACCCCCUUGAACGCCUCUCGUGCGAAGAUUUUCCAGGAAGCUUUGAGCGCAGAGUUGAUCCCAGAACCGAAGAGGCGACCUAUGCCGCCGGGGGCGAACAGUAAUAAGCACUGUUUGUAUCAUAAGAACAUGGGCCACAGCACAGAGGAAUGCGUAACCCUGAGGGAUAAGAUCGAAGAGUUAAUUUGUGCGGGGUAG